CAGUCACGUGAUAAUCCGGAGGAAUUUUUUUUCAAAAGAGAGAUCGUCGCUGAACCAGACCCAUUUCAUUUGCUCUGGAUAUAUUAUUUUCCACCUAAAAAUCUCAUACAUGUAGAAAAUAUUCUGUUUCAAAGGAAAUACUUAUUUCGAAAAUUAUGGCGAAAGAAGAAAUAGAGCGAGGAAACUGGACGGGGAAGUUAGACUUUAUCCUGUCCUGUAUUGGUUAUGCAGUUGGUCUAGGAAACGUUUGGAGAUUUCCGUACCUGUGUUACAGAAAUGGAGGAGGCGCUUUUCUGGUUCCCUACGCAAUCAUGUUGGUUAUUGCUGGGAUACCUUUGUUCUUCUUCGAGCUGUCCUUUGGGCAGUUUGCUUCAGAGGGCCCCGUCACAGUGUGGAAAGUCAGUCCAUUCUUCAUGGGAAUUGGUUGGGCCAUGUGUCUUAUCAGUGCUAUGGUCAGCAUCUACUAUAAUGUCAUCAUCAUGUAUUCCAUCUACUACAUGUUUGUGUCAUUUGUAAGCAUAGACACAACACUGCCAUGGCAAACCUGUACUAACAUAUGGAACACAGAAAACUGUAGAAUAAAACCCUACCCCAAACUAAGCGAACUGAAUGAAAGAAAUAAAACUAUGGAACUUAUAGGACUGAACGACAAAAGCUGUUUGAAUAAAAGCGUGGACGAUGUGAACAGCCUAUUUGGAACCAGCUUAACCAGCUAUAUGGAAUUCAAUUCGACAAUGCUCGAGUCUAACGUCACAAAGCAGUGUGAAAUUAAAUUCAGAACAGCUAGCGAAGAAUUCUGGACGCGACAGGUACUUCAGCUGCAGGAAACACCAGAUGGCCUGUAUGACAUCGGAGAUGUCAGUAUCCGAAAUCUGAUCUGUUUACUGUUCGCUUGGAUCUUCAUUUUCUUCUGCUUAAUGAAAGGAGUCAAAUCCUCGGGAAAAGUUGUGUACUUCACCGCUACCUUCCCUUAUAUAGUUCUGCUGCUGCUUCUGAUCAGAGGUGUCACCUUGGAGGGUUAUUAUGACGGAAUUCUAUUCUACAUCAUUCCAAAGUGGGAAGAAAUUAGCAAACCAAAGGUGUGGGGAGAUGCUGCAACCCAAAUUUUCUAUUCACUGGGAGUAGCAUUUGGAGGCUUGCUAACAAUGGCAAGCUACAAUAAAUUUAAAAACAAUACUCUCCGAGAUGCCUUGCUUGUUUCCCUCAUCAACUGUUCUACCAGUGUUUUUGCUGGAUUUGCUAUUUUCUCACUGCUCGGUCACAUGGCCUUCAUCACUAACAGAUUAGUAGAGGAAGUUGCAGAUUCAGGACCUGGUUUGGCAUUUGUGGCUUAUCCCGAGGGUAUUGCCAAACUGGCCGAACCAUGGCCUCCAAUUGUGGCUUUUUUGUUCUUCUUCAUGAUUUUCACCCUCGGACUGGACAGCCAGUUUGCUAUGAUGGAAACCGUGAUCAGUGGACUGUCUGAUGUAUUUCCCUACUACCUGCGAAAACACAAAACCCUAUUCACAUUUGUAGCAUGUAUGAUCGGGUUUCUCUUGGGGAUUCCUCAAGUUUGCAAGGGAGGCAUUUAUGUUCUUACUUUAAUGGACUGGUACUCUGGAAGUUACAACCUGAUGAUAGUCAGUCUAUGUGAGCUUGUUGCUGUGUGUUAUGUUUACGGUGUCAACAACUUUAGGAGAGACAUCGAGAUGAUGUUGGGUGGGUUCCCCAAAGUUUUCUGGGUGUACUGGUAUGUAACAUGGUGCUUCAUCACGCCCGUGGCAAUUGUCUUCAUUGUGAUUAUGUCGGGCAUAACGUAUGCUCCUGCAUACUAUACCAAAUACGAAGGAGUCUACACGUUCCCAGACUUUGCCGAGGGCCUGGGCUGGCUCAUGGUAGUGUCUCCUUUAGCCCUCAUCGUGGGAGGAAUGAUCGUGCAGUCCAUCCGAUAUGGCGGAGUCGCCAAAGCUCUGAAAGCUCAACCCGACUGGGGCCCAGCUUCGGAUGAAGACCGAACCGGCAGAUACUCACCCCGAGGCGAGCCAGAUUUUAGCAAGGAUGAACCAGCUGGGGCAACUAACAUGGGUUACGUGGGUGAAAAAGGGAGACCGUAUGUUGUCAACGAUAAAAACGGUUAUGACCACAGACUAUAAAUGGACGGAUAAAAAAUCCAUAAGUUACAAUGAAUAGCGUUGGUUUGUAAAGUUAAUAAGUAUCUAUACAUAUAUAUACUUUACUCUCUCUUUUUUAUUUUGUAUGAGGUCCCUUCGAAACAUAAUAAUGUUGGUUAUCAGUUGUUUAAAAACUGAGUUUUUGUAUAUUUUUAUAUAUAAUCAGUCGUAGUAUUUGUGUUCCAAAUGCGGAAUUCCAGCAGGACUUUUUUUGGGUAGCAAUACAAACUGUCCACUGUCUGACUAAGGAUAACAUGUAGCAUUUAAUAGUUGAUUACAUUCCACAUACAUAUGUUUCUGAUAAAUACAUGUAGUAUAUUUUGUUUAUAUUAUUGGUAAUUUUCCUGACCUACGCCUCAUUUUUUCGUGCGUUCCACAACUUUUGUGCAUGUACCCUCUUGAAAUUAGAAUACUGCUAAAUGACUGUAUAAAUACAGGUAGUUUUGUACUUCAUUUUUGUAACAAAGAAUAGAAAUGAACAGUUAGACUUGAUGUUCAAUCUUAUCAAUUGUAAGUUUAAAAGGCUAGCUUCAAUCUUUUGUUGAAGUUUGAUGAACAGAAUCAUUUUCAGAAAUUAUAAAAUCCAUGUCUUAAUGCUUUUAAAACUACUUUUUGAUUUUUUUUUCUACAUUGUAAAUUAUGUUCUAUACAGUGAGUGCAAUAAAAAAGACUAAGAGAAACGUACACCUUUUUAAUUUUAAAUUUAUGAUCUCCACAAUAAAAACAUUAUGAAUUCAAUGCUUGAGUAACUUAUCCACAUCUGAAUCUGAAUAUUUCGUUGAUUAUAGUCUAUGAUUAGAAUAUUUAUAACUAUAAGAAUUCUUAAUACAUAUAGUAUAUAUAACAAAGUCAAGCAUGGAUAAUAUUUACGAUUUAGAAAAAUAUGCAUUUGCUCAAGGGGGAAUACAUAAAAGGGUUGUAAUUAGAUGAUGAAUAUGUACAGAUUGUUCAUUUAUGUUUAUAUUUUUAUAUAAUUUUUUUAACGUUAUAUAUUCACAAUCCUAUUUACUAAAUAUUUCUUUUCAGUAUACAAAACAAUUGAAAGUGAAUAAAAUUUUGAUAAUA